UUUUUCUUUGCCCUGGACUGCUGAAAGGAGUAUACCAGAGUGAACACUUGUUUGAAUCUGACCACCAAUCUGGUGCCUGGUGCAAGGACCCCCUGCAGGCCUCUGACAAGAUCUACUACAUGCCUUGGACACCGUACCGGACAGACACACUGACGGAGUACUCCUCCAAAGAUGACUUCAUUGCUGGGAGGCCAACAACGACCUACAAACUCCCACACCGCGUGGAUGGCACGGGUUUCGUGGUGUACGAUGGGGCUUUGUUCUUCAACAAGGAACGAACCAGGAACAUAGUCAAGUUUGACUUGCGGACGAGGAUAAAAAGCGGGGAGGCUAUCAUAGCUAAUGCAAAUUACCAUGACACCUCUCCCUACCGCUGGGGAGGCAAGUCUGAUAUAGACCUGGCUGUGGAUGAGAACGGGUUGUGGGUAAUCUAUGCAACAGAACAAAAUAAUGGCAAAAUAGUCAUUAGCCAGUUAAACCCUUACACGUUAAGGAUUGAAGGGACGUGGGAUACUGCCUAUGACAAGAGGUCAGCUUCUAACGCCUUCAUGAUAUGUGGGAUUUUAUAUGUGGUGAAGUCUGUGUAUGAAGAUGACGACAAUGAAGCCACAGGGAAUAAAAUAGACUACAUAUAUAAUACUGACCAGAGCAAGGAUAGCAUGGUGGAUGUGCCCUUUCCAAACUCCUACCAGUACAUUGCUGCUGUGGAUUAUAAUCCGCGGGACAACCUCCUUUAUGUAUGGAACAACUAUCAUGUCGUGAAAUAUUCCUUGGAUUUUGGUCCGCUGGACAGCAGAGCAGGGCAGGCUCACAACGGGCAGGUUUCCUACAUUGCCCCACCGAUCCAUCUCGAUUCAGAUCUGGAGAGACCGCCAUCCAAGGGACUAUCGACAUCAGGGGCUCUGGGCCCAGGGAGCACUACCACCAGCACCACGCCACGGGUGGCCACCAGUAGCUCCGGCCGCCCCACCACCACCUCGGCCUCAGGCAGGAGGAACAGGAGCACCAGCACACCGUCACCCAUGGCCGACAUCCCCGACGAAAUGACCACACACCUCCCUCCCGCCUCCUCCCAGCUGCCACCAGCUGGCACGGAGAGCUGUGACCCCAUGGAAGCCCGCGAUAUUAUGUGGUCUCGGACUCGGCAGGGCCAGGUGGCAAAGCAGCCGUGUCCCGUGGGCUCCAUAGGUGUUGCAACUUUCCGGUGUCUUGCGCCAGACGGGAUCUGGGAGCCCCAAGGACCUGAUCUCAGCAACUGUUCUUCUCCCUGGAUCAACCAUAUCACUCAGAAGAUGAAGUCAGGGGAGAUGGCUGCCAACAUUGCUCGGGAGCUUGCAGAGCACACAAAAAACCACUUGUACGCUGGUGACAUCGCGUACUCUGUGUCCGCCAUGGUCCAGCUGGUGAACUUACUUGACGUGCAACUCCGAAACCUGACUCCGGGCGGGAAGGACAGUGCUGCACGCAGCUUAAAUAAGCUUCAGAAAAGGGAGCGCUCUUGCAGGGCCUAUGUCCAGGCCAUGGUGGAGACAGUGAACAACCUCCUGCAGCCACAAGCUCUGAAUGCGUGGAGGGACCUGAAUGCAAGUGAACAGCAGCGCGCAGCCACCAAGUUACUUGACACCGUAGAAGACAGUGCCUUCGUGCUGGCUGAUAACCUGCUGAAGACAGACAUUGUCCGGGAAAACACUGACAACAUCCAGCUGGAAGUUGCGAGACUAAGCACAGAUGGGAAUCUGGAAGAUCUGAAGUUUCCCCAGAACAUGGGCCAUGGGAGCGCCAUUCAGCUGUCAGCAAAUACCUUGAAACAAAAUGGUCGAAACGGUGAAAUCAGGGUGGCUUUUGUGCUGUACAACAACCUGGGCACCUAUCUAUCCACAGAGAACGCCAGCAUGAAGUUGGGAACAGAAGCAAUGUCGACUAAUCACUCUGUCAUUGUCAACUCCCCAGUCAUCACGGCAGCAAUAAACAAAGAGUUCAGCAAUAAGGUUUACCUGGCUGAUCCCGUGGUGUUUACUGUCAAGCACAUCAAGCAGUCAGAAGAAAAUUUCAAUCCUAACUGUUCAUUCUGGAGUUAUACAAAGCGUACAAUGACAGGGUAUUGGUCCACCCAGGGAUGUCGCCUUCUGACAACUAACAAGACACACACCACAUGCUCCUGCAAUCACCUAACCAACUUUGCGGUCCUCAUGGCACACGUGGAAGUUAAGCACAGCGAUGCAGUCCAUGACCUGCUCCUGGACUUUAUCACAUGGGUUGGCAUCCUGUUGUCACUGGUCUGCCUCCUGAUCUGCAUCUUCACCUUCUGCUUCUUCCGUGGGCUGCAGAGCGACCGCAACACAAUUCACAAGAACUUGUGCAUCAGCCUCUUCGUGGCAGAACUCCUCUUCCUCAUUGGCAUCAAUCGGACUGACCAGCCGAUUGCCUGUGCCGUCUUUGCUGCCCUCCUGCACUUCUUCUUCCUGGCAGCUUUCACCUGGAUGUUUCUGGAGGGGGUGCAGCUCUACAUCAUGCUGGUGGAGGUUUUUGAGAGUGAACACUCCCGAAGGAAGUACUUCUAUUUGGUAGGCUAUGGCAUGCCUGCACUCAUUGUGGCUGUAUCAGCAGCAGUGGACUACCGGAGCUAUGGCACGGACAAAGUAUGUUGGCUCCGACUUGACACCUACUUCAUUUGGAGCUUUAUAGGACCAGCGACCUUGAUAAUUAUGCUUAAUGUCAUCUUCCUUGGGAUCGCUCUCUAUAAAAUGUUUCAUCAUACUGCCAUACUGAAACCUGAAUCUGGAUGUCUUGACAAUAUCAAGUAA